AUGUCGAAAACGAUUAGAAUCUUGUUGAUGAUAUUUUGUAAUCAUAACAAAUGUGAUUACCAAUUUCGAAUGAAAUUACAAUCAAGUAAUGAUUUUAUUUUCAAUGAUUCUAUUUCGAUAAAUAGAAUGUCUCCAGGUGCAUUUACUCGUUUAUUCAGUACGACAGUGAAUACUGUUUUUCGUCGAUUUCUUUUGGCAUUAAUUCGAGCGACAUUAAUCUAUAUAAUAGCAUUUUUGUUUGUUCAUUUACCAACAUUUUGGAAUUAUAUAACAACAUUGGGAAAAGAUGAUCGAAAACGAAAUAGACAGCGAAGAGUACGAGCGAAAUUGUCUGAUGACUCGAAUCCAUCAUCACCUUAUCGAGCAGUUGAAGUUCUUGAUGAACUGCGAUCACAACCUGAAGAAGAUGUGGAAACUUUAGCGGUAAUACCUGAUCUUUGUCUUGAACGUCAUGCGGAUAAAGAAACAAUGGAUGUGAGAGAAAUUCUUGAUGUUGAAGAUGAGAAACAACCAACUGGAAAAGUUUUCAAAAAGUAUGUUUUGGGUGAAUAUAAAUUUACAACAUAUCGUGAAGCGUGUAAACAUAUUGAUGCGAUCGGUCGUGGUUUAUUAUCUCUGGGUGCUAAACAAGAAUAUGAUGUUACAGUUGGUCGUGCAGGAUAUCCACUUGUUUCGUGUGAAAUUCGUUUAGUCGAUUGGAUUGAAGGUCAAUACAAGAAUACAGACAAACCAAAUCCACGUGGAGAAAUUCUUAUUGGAGGAAAAGUUGUUGCUGAUGGAUAUUUUGGUGAAGCUGGAAGAAAAGAAAAUGAAAAUUUCAAAGAAAUCGAAGGAACAAGAUAUUUUUGUACUGGUGAUAUUGGAGAAUGUUUUCCUGAUGGAACUUUAAAGAUUAUUGAUCGAAAGAAAGAUCUGGUUAAAUUACGUGGUGGAGAAUAUGUUUCAUUAACUAAAGUUGAAAUGGCAAUGAGUAAAAUUCCAAUCAUUGAAAAUUGUUGUUUAUGUGCAUCUGCCUCAUCUGAAUAUACAGUGGCUUUGAUUUGUCCAAAUACCAAAACUAUGUCGAAUUUUACUGAAAAAAAUUUUGGAGAAAAAGAUUGGCAUAAAUUAGUUAAUGAUGAUGAAUUUAUUGAAUUAGUUUUAAAAGAAGUUCAACAAGCUUGUAACAAAGGUGGCAUUGAAAGAUUUGAAACUCCACAAAAGAUAAAAAUUGUUACUGAACCUUGGACACCAGAAACAGGUCUCGUUACUGAUGCAUUAAAAUUGAAAAGAAAAGCCAUUGAACAAAAAUAUAAAGAUGAUAUUGAAGAUCUUUAUGAAGAAAGAAAAGCAAAACCUAAAUCAGAAACAAAGAAAAUCCGAAAGACAGAAGAGAAAAAAAUAACUUCAAAUGAAAAUCCAACCGAUGUGGCAAAAGAUGUCAUUUCAAAUGAUAAUGAAAAGAAGAAAGAACUUUAA